AUGAGUGCCCGCCUUUUUGCCCAGCAGAACGGCAGGACGCGACAGCUAGACCGGGCCUCCCUCGACCGGAGGCCUCCAGCAGCCCCGCCGGGGCAGAAGGCGCUGGAAGCCGGCCGGAGGGCUCACUCUGUCAGUAUUCGUUACAGUUUGGAUGUUAGUGUGGAUGAAGUGAAAGCCUUAGCAUCUCUAAUGACAUACAAAUGUGCUGUGGUUGAUGUGCCAUUUGGUGGGGCAAAGGCUGGUGUCAAGAUCAAUCCCAAGAACUACACAGACAAUGAAUUGGAAAAGAUCACAAGAAGGUUCACCAUGGAGCUGGCAAAAAAGGGCUUUAUUGGACCUGGUGUUGAUGUGCCUGCUCCUGAUAUGAGCACAGGGGAGAGGGAGAUGUCCUGGAUUGCCGACACCUAUGCCAGUACCAUAGGACACUAUGAUAUUAAUGCACAUGCAUGUGUAACUGGUAAACCCAUCAGCCAGGGUGGGAUCCAUGGACGUAUAUCUGCAACUGGUCGUGGGCUUUUCCACGGAAUUGAAAAUUUCAUCAAUGAAGCAUCAUAUAUGAGUAUAGUAGGAAUGACUCCUGGAUUUGGGGAUAAAACAUUUGCUGUUCAGGGAUUCGGUAACGUGGGCUUGCAUUCUAUGAGAUACUUGCAUCGUUUUGGAGCAAAAUGCGUUGCUGUUGGAGAGUUUAAUGGUUCUAUCUGGAAUCCUGAUGGGAUUGACCCAAAGGAACUAGAAGAUUACAAAUUGCAACAUGGGACAAUCAUGGGCUUCCCUAAAGCGCAGAAACUUGAUGGCAGUAUUCUGGAAAUAGACUGUGACAUACUCAUCCCUGCUGCCAGUGAGAAGCAGUUGACUAAGGCCAACGCUCACAAGGUUAAAGCAAAAAUUAUUGCUGAAGGUGCCAACGGGCCUACGACUCCUGAAGCUGACAAAAUCUUCUUGGAGCGUAACAUCAUGGUUAUCCCU